ACCGCAUAUUCCACCAACACUGCGCUCCGUUCGCUACUUGCCUCCGAAACGAUAGUUCGACUAGGGACGUCCAAAAAUAACACACCAUCCGCUGAUGCCUCCUUUCUGAUCAGUCGGCGAAGCUGAGAAGCUGCGGCCGGAUUUUGGACGGCAGCCUAGAAGAACUGAAACAGGGCAAGUGAUGACGCCGCAAGCUGCUCGGCUAUUUAGCACUCGGAAAUACUAAUAUCGCAUCGAGUCUCUCUUCAUCGCCUUCUACGUCCUCACUAUGGCGAAUCUGGAGAGUCUACCGGAAGACGUUAAACGCCUAAUUUGCGUUGAGCUGGAUAAAUGUCAAUCAGUACGCCCACUAUGGCAAGUCUCGAAGACCUGGCGCGCUGUGGCCGAGUCCUUUGUCUACCGUGGCCUUGCGUGGGCUGUCACCCUCAAAGAUUCAUCCAUAAGCGAUGAUGCGAAGAGGCUGUUUGCUGAUGAUAUUGUCAGCAAGUACUUGGAGCAUGCCAGAUAUUUAUACAUCAGCGAUACCCUAAAGAGGCAUUCAUGCUCUACUUCCUCUAAUGAAUCCUGUUCAGGUGAUCCCUCCACUGAAGAUUCCAUUGGAUGCGCCCAUUCCACGGGCCUCUCGAUCGUUCCUCCAACUUUUCAGCUUGCCGAACCCAUCUCUCCCUGCUUCAAUGAAGUAUUCUGCUCUGAUUCCAAAGUAGAUCGCUCCACAGCAGAACACACCUGGUCACCCUUCAUAGCCGCCCUUACCAGAUUCAAGCACCUCACAGACAUCGUCCUCCAAGUCCAGUCUCGUAUUCCGCCGGGUCUAAUGAAUACAAUUGAAAGAUACCAUCCGAAUUGCCGUCUGCAUCUCAGAAAUUUUAGAUUCAAGAGCCUCCACGAGGAAGUCACAGACCCGGACGAGCGUGCAUUAGCUAUGAGUAAGAAUCUCCAUAGUCUGAGUAUCCUGUAUAUGUAUCGCGACUCCAACGGCGUGGACGAUCACAAUGGCGCUGCCGCCUUGCGCACUGUAGGACUUGCCAAGAAUUUGAAGCAUGUGCGAAUGCUGGGGUGUAGACCCGCCAGUAGUCCUGCACUAUUUAGAGCGAGGGAAAGACCUUUGGAGAAGUGGAAGGGCUUUGUGCCUGCUAUCGAAGAAGAAGAUGAGGGAAGGGAAGGGAAAGGGCGGGAGAAGACGAAGCUUGAGAGUUUGAGUUUUGUGUGUUACAGCAACGCACUCAACAUUACAAAGCUGGAGAAGUGGGAACAGGUUGCGGAUUUCUCACAACUCAAAACCCUGAGCUGCUCUACGGGUAACAAGGCAUUUCUCAGUCUCGUCGCGACUGACGAUAAAUUCCCAAGUCUUAAAGAUCUAAACAUUACCCUCCAGCCGGGCAAUCGCGAGAAUUCUGAGGACUGGCAACUAACCGUUGAACAAUUCUUUGCCUCCCUGCACCCUCUUACUUCCCUCGGUCUCUCUGGAACACUACACGGCCACCUCUUGGAUAUCAUAGCCGAAAGACAUGGAGAAACAUUGCAAAAAUUGACACUUAAACCAUUUGAGGAUGGAUACGAUACGCCUGGGCCGCCACUCCGUAUUACAGCCCCAUUCGUGGAGCUUCUCGCCUCCAAGGCACCGAACCUGACAUCCCUUCAUCUGACACUAAAACGCUCCAUGGGUGAUACUGCCGAAACCCGCUGCUAUGAAGCUUUAGGCACGCUGCAGAGUCUGAAUGACUUGAGGUUGAGCCUUGAUUGUACGAACGACAGUGCCUGGGACUUGUCUCCAGAAGAGGACUGGGAUAGCUUCGACAAGGCUACGCAGACGAGUGAGGGUACUAUGCCGAAACAUUACAACGGGCACUUGAAGAUUGCAAUGAUCAACUCAGCUCUGGACGAGGACUUGGUUAGGCAGAUCUGGGGUGUCAUCAACGAGAAUCGAACGAAAGAUACCCUUCAAACCCUCAAUAUCUACACCUAUGGUGGAAGCUCUUUCUCUAAUAGCCACCCGGGUGAUCUGAUGGAAAUUGUCCAGCACGUCUCGCGUAGCUACAGAGUCACUGCGAAUCCGAACGUUGAAGGUGGAGUAGAAAUUGUGGAGUUGUCAAAGAAUCGACGAGAGGAAAGGGACGCGUCUCAACGUAAGAGUGAACAAUCUAUGAUGGAGAAAUGGGGGCAGCAAAGGCACUGCGGAAGUAGCUAUGUAGUUUUUCAACAUAUCUGGCCUUUUGAGGAUCAUGAGGACUGGAGGACGAAGUGGAAGAGCUGGCCACUCCAACGGGCAACGUGACUAGAGGAGGGUGAGCUGUUCAGGCGGGGUAAAAGCGAAGGAAGCUGUAGCAGGGAUGGCUAUAUUUACGCGCAUCUUGCAUCUUCAUUACACCUCGCUCUGGAAAUAUAUUAAGUAGCGUUUAACUAGUCAUUGUGUCCUUCCUCUACUAUUCGAUAGAUUAGUUAAGUUGGAGUUAGACC